AUGAAGCAGUUCCAGCCGAGUAGUGCCCUGUUGUUUGUGCUGAUCGUUGGUCUGGUGUGGAGUGAGCAGCUGACGCAGGAGGAAGACACCAACGAUCUGGAGACGGCCGAAUCGGCCUUCUUUGAUCCGAAGAUUGUCUUACUGACCGGCCUGGCCGGGUUGGCCGGCAUCGGUGCGCUGGUGGUGAAGGGUGCCGUGGUCGGUGCCGGCGCCGGAAAGCUGCUGCUUUUCGCCAAACACGCCGGCCAGUCCAGCUCGCACGGUUCGUCCGGUUGGGACAGCUCGUCCUACUCGUCCCAUUCGUCCUACCCAGCCUACAAGUCGUACUCGAGCAGCUACUCGUCGUCUUCUUCGUCCGAGGACUCCCGACCCAGCUCGUACAGCGGCAGCCUGAAGGUGUCCGGUUCGCUGUCGCCGGUGAGUUCCCACACGACCGAAUCUACUACCAGCACGACCACCGCCGCACCCAACUCGAAAGCGAGCCUCUCGCUCGACGAUGUCGAUGAUCCACUGCCUGAAAACUGA